AUGGGCAAAGCUUUCACCUUCAUUGUUGACCACACGGCUCGAGCUGAUCUUGCGUCUAAGCGAAAGCUCAGGCGCCGUCGAGGAGCAUGUGGGAACUGCAAACGCAGAAAAGUGGCAUGCAAUGGAUCGAUGCCAUGCCAGCAUUGUCAUAAAGCGUCUAUUACCUGCCAGUACGCUGAAAGCAACCGCUCCACCCGAAACACAGCCCCUAUCACCGAGGCCGAUACCACAAUCCUGCAAACAAUAACUCCAGACGUCAGCACUUCAUCGAGUCCACAGGAUCUUGAGAACACCGACUUCUUUUCAGACAAUUUCACGAACGUCUUGACUCCCGAUUUUUAUUGCGAUGACCUAGUCCAUGUGUCCGUCUCAGAUGAUCCUAUGGAUCUGUUCCACUGGAACCAAUUAGGUGAAGCCUUUGGUGGACCGAUUCCCGGACCGAUUCCUGGACCCUCUCCUCGCUGCGAACAGCUGGAGACCGCCAGGAACUACGCAGAUACCAGCAGUACUGGCUUAGACUCGGAUUAUUACUCUCAAGAUGAUACACAAUACUGUUAUACUAUGAAUGAUAUGUCAAGAGACCAGACAUUAUCAAACUCAACCACCAUCACCGAGGAAUCACCACAUCGCGAUCAUGUUCGCUCGUCGCUUCACUCUUGGCUACUGACAAGCAUGAGAAAUCUCAAUGGUGAAAAGAACAACCACGUCAUAGAAGCAUCACAAAAGCUUCUGGCAGCGAACUCACCGAUGACUGAGUAUUGUUCUGCUAGAGAAAUGGACAUCAUGGCAGCUCUUACCGAUGUACGAUCUGAGCGCUCUUUUAACCAAGAAUUCUUUCACAACCGCAUAAAUGCGUGCUUUGCAGAACUAUAUGAGGGUAGCAUAUGCCUGGACUCUGAGUCUGCAGAGAAGUUAGUCGACCAAAUCAUCUCGAACCCUUUCGUCAGCAGUCCGACUAGUAUCGCUUUAGUAUUCUCUUUAUUGGCCAUCGGCUCUCGUCGUCUGGACCUCAGUCAUGGUAACGGCAUACUCAAAGGAGCAACAAUAGGCUAUUUCAGGAUAGCUCUACGCAUGAGACCUAGCCUGUAUGAUGAGGCCAGCCUCUUGAAAUCACAGACCCUACUUCUCAUGACCUACUUUUCACAUACUAUUGGUGCUAGUUCAACAUCUAGCUUAAUGGCGGACGCCACUUCGUGCCUUCAAACCCUUCGUCUCCAUAGCUCCAGUGCGAUCAAUAAGUUAUCUAAUGACCGCUUGGAGCAAACAAAUAUCAAGAGAGCUUUCUGGUCAAUUUACUCCAUGGAAAAGCUUUACUCUCUACAAGAAGGACUCUUGCCACUAAUACACGGUGAAUAUGCGGAUCACAAGAUUUCUUCAACCCAGAAAGCCUCAGAUAGAGGACCCGACUGGCUGGCCAACGACAUGACAGCCGAGACUGCUCAAUUUGCUGUGGAAGAGGUUACUGCGAACAAAGCCCUGCCUCCACCCUAUGUCGGCUGGAAGACAGUCUCAUGA